AGCAGACAGACAUUGGACGCGUUGUGGCAGCUGCCGCGCGGUUAGCGCAAACGCAACAUCAAAACAUAUACUUACAAGUAGCGGCAAAAGUGGCAACGAGUACACAAUACACAAAGCCAAGCACAAUUGGGGAACAAAAAACGAAAAAUCUAGAGAUAUUCGCAUACACAAAAAAGUUGCAGCAAAAAGUAUUCGUGCCGGCAGAAGAAAAAACUUGUGAGCAAUAAAAAGACAGAGACGAUGAUGACGACGACAACGACGACGACGACUACUAGGACUACAACGAUGAUGGUGCUGAUGACGACCACAACAACGACAGCACAGCUACGAACAAGCGAUACCAACGAAAACAACACGAACAAGAGCAACAAUAAAGGCAACAGCAAAGGCAGACAUAGCGCUGGUGUUAGCGGCAACGACGAUGCGAAGGCAUUCACGAAGAAAAUCGUCGUCAUUCGCCGCUACAAAGCGAACGAAAGUCUCAACAAAGAGACAAAGUAAUGGAAAUGGCAAAAAACAGCAAGCAAAAACAAAAAAGCCUAAUAAACUUCAUGGAGCAGGGUCGAAGGAACUAAGGCGAAAUAAGCAACAGCAAGAAGAAUAAGAACUGCUUGUAAAUACAUUUAUAAAAGCCACACAGCACUGUAUUUAUGUUUA